UCACGUUUCAGUCGCCUCCGUUCAGAUCUACAGUCACAACAAAGAAAGAGCCAGAGUCGGUUGAAGAAUUCUAAUCCAAAAUUGCUCUAGUUUCUCAAGAAGAAAUCCCAGUGGACAGUGGGACACCAUUUUGGUUGGAUUUGAUUCAGCUUUAAAAUGGUUUGUGAAAUGGAGAGUGAUCUCCUUGAAGAGAUGGAUAUUGAAGUUGUUUCUUCAAUGUGGCCAGAGGAUAUAAAUGAUGGAAAACAAUUUAACAUAGAAAUUCCAGAAAGUGAUAGAGAUAUGUUGAAAGAGGUUACAAUCAAUGAGGAUCCUUCAAUAGUUGACUUCCAGCGUCUGGCAGAGCUGACCAAUUACAGUGAGAAGGGGUCGUCUCAGUUAGCAUAUCUCUUAAAAUACUGGAAUUAUAAGCAAGCUAAUGCUGUGAGAUUACUCGAGGAAGAGAUUGACAACUUGAGCAAGCAAAGGCAAGAAGUUGAACUCAAGCGCUUGGAGAUUCUGGAAGAACAUCGUUUUGAGCAAGAAAUUUAUUAUGGUGAUAAACGUCCUAUUUCCAUAUUAGAUGGAAUCUAUGAUAUAUGGGAAGAUGUUCCUUCCAUGACAAAAGAUGUAGUUGUUCAGGAUAAGAAACUAGAAAUAGAUGCAGAGUUUGACACUGUAUUGUACUGGAAACAACGAGCUAUGAAUUUAGAGAAGUUGUUGGAGGCAAGUGUUCAGAGAGAGCAGAUACUAUUAGAGAAGCUGCAGGAAAGUCUAAAAAACUUGGAAAGACAGUCCUCACCUGUGGAAGAGUUGUCCCAAAUGCUUAAACGAUCAGAUAAUUUCUUACACUUCAUUCUCCAGAAUGCACCAUUUGUAAUUGGUCACCAGGAUAAAGAAUUACGUUACCGCUUCAUCUAUAAUCAUUUCCCAAGUUUGGAUGAAAAGGAUAUCAUUGGAAAAACAGACGUCGAGAUUUUCACUGGCACUGGUGUUAAAGAAUCCCAAGAUUUCAAAAGAGAAGUGUUAGAAAGAGGAUUGCCUGCGAAGAGGGAAAUCACAUUUGAAACAGAGUUAUUUGGGUCAAAGACAUUUUUAAUAUAUGUUGAGCCUGUUUUCAGCAAGGCUGGGGAAACUAUCGGUGUGAAUUACAUGGGAAUGGAAAUAACUGACCAGGUGAGAAAAAGAGAAAAGAUGUUUAAGAUUAGAGAGGAGAUAGCUGUACAGAAAGCCAAGGAGACUGAGUUGAACAAGACUAUUCAUAUAACAGAGGAAACAAUGCGAGCUAAACAAAUGCUAGCAACCAUGUCUCACGAGAUAAGAUCUCCUCUAUCUGGUGUUGUAAGCAUGACUGAAAUUCUUUCUACCACAAACCUUGACAAGGAGCAAAGACAAUUAUUGAAUGUCAUGUUAUCUUCUGGAGAUUUGGUCCUUCAAUUGAUCAAUGAUAUUCUCGAUCUUUCCAAAGUCGAGUCAGGAGUUAUGAAAUUGGAAGCUACGAAGUUCAGGCCAAGGGAGGUAGUAAGACAUGUACUCCAGACUGCAGCAGCAUCGCUGAAAAAAACGUUAGUUUUGGAAGGGAAUGUAUCGGAUGAUGUUCCAGUCGAGGUUAGAAAUCUAUGCAAUUUUGUUAUUGGAGAUGUCCUAAGGAUACGACAGAUUCUUACUAAUUUGAUCAGCAAUGCAAUCAAGUUUACCCAUGAUGGCAAGGUGGGGAUAAAGCUAUAUGUGGUGACUCCACCAUCUUCUUUAAGGGAGGAAAGUUCUAAUCAGAAUUCAACUCCAGUGCAGUCUGGUUACCCAGAAACUGGACAAAAUAUGGAUACGAGUUCCCAAAAUCGUAAGGAAGACGAUCCAAAAAGCCCACUGCAGGACAUUUCUCACCUACAAGAAACAGUUUGGAUAUGUUGUGACGUACAUGAUACAGGGAUUGGAAUACCAGAACAUGCUCUGCCUACUCUGUUUAAGAAAUACAUGCAAGUUGGCGCUGAUACAGCUCGCAAGUAUGGAGGAACUGGACUAGGCCUGGCUAUCUGCAAGCAACUGGUUGAACUUAUGGGUGGUCAUCUUUCAGUUAACAGCAAAGAUGGAUAUGGCUCUACGUUUACGUUUGUUCUACCUUAUAAGGUUUCAAAUAUAACAGAUGAUUCAGAUGAUCAAGAAACAUUCUCAGACAUGGAAGAAACCGAUGUAGAGGCUGAUUCCAAUGAUGAUAGUUGUGGUUUUUUCCAAUUCCAUCCACGCAACAUAGGUUCUCUAUUCUCUUCCAACAGUUCAACAAGAAUGCAAAAGGUGUUGCCAAAUAAUUCAUUAUUAUUCUGUGACUCUCUUGAACUAAAUGGAUCAAAGGAAUUGCCUUCACUCGAGGAUGCCGGCUCCAUUGUUGUUGAUAGUAUGGAGACACAACACGAAUCUUCUACAACACACAGUUCAGAUAUUUCCAAAACUAAGCCAUCUCAUAAAGAUAACGAUUCAAGUUCCUGUUGCAUUGAUAUAGUUCCAGAAGAAGUUCCAAAGGCUAUCAUCUCUAAACCUAGAAUCCUUCUGGUGGAGGAUAGCAAGAUUAAUGUAAUGGUGGCACAGUCAAUGAUGAAACAGUUAGGCCAUAAAGUAGAUGUUGUCAAUAAUGGAGCUGAAGCUGUACGUGCAGUUCAGGGCCAUUGCUACGACCUUAUUUUGAUGGAUGUAUGCAUGCCGAUAAUGAAUGGACUUCAGGCCACGAGAUUGAUUCGAUCUUAUGAAGAAACUGGGAAUUGGGAUGCUGCAAUAGAAGCUGGAAUUGAUACUCCUUUGCCCUCUUCUUCAAAUUCAUUACAAAGCAAUGGAAACUGUAUAUUGACAAGAAAAAGAGUCCCCAUAGUUAUGACAGCAAACGCGUUAUCAGAGAGCGGGGAAGAGUGUUUUGCAAAUGGUAUGGACUCUUUUGUAUCGAAGCCUGUUACUUUUCAAACGUUAAAACAAUGUCUUGAACAAUAUUUGGCUUGAGAUAGUUUGAGAAUUUGGUUAUUGUAUAUAGUUAGCAAACUUAAAAUGUGUAUAGAUA